AAGAAAGUUAUGGGUAAUGAAGAAGUUGAGAUCAAAUUCAAAGGGGAAUUUAGUAAGUAAUGAUCAUGAUCAUGAUCAUGAUCAUGAUCAUGAUCAAGUGAUGAAAGUUCAUCAUGAGGGGAUAAAGACAAUAGGAGUUCAAUCAACUUGUUGCGAUUUUUCGGGGAAUAAUUCGGAUUUGUGUUUGUGUAUUGUGACAUGGAAUAUGAAUGGACAUGUUACAUAUGAAGAUGUGGAGAAGAUUGUUGGAAAAAACAGAGGAUAUGAUCUUCUGGUUGUUGGUUUACAAGAGGCUGUUUCUAAGUAUAAUGUUAUAACCAUGUUUGAAUCAGUUCUUUCUGCAUCUCAUUUUUUGUUAGGGGAAUCAACUCUGCAAUCUCUGCAACUCUAUGUUUUUGGACCCAAAAACUCUCAGAUGUUUGUCAAAGAGUUGAAACGAGACAAAUAUGCAACGGGAGGAUGGGGAGGAAUGAUAAAUAGGAAGAAAGGAGCCGUCGCCAUUAGAAUCAACUACAAAGCCUUCCGUUUAGAGUUCAUUUCUUGUCAUCUUUCUGCUCACGCAAAGAACGUGGAGGAAAGAAACUCGCAGUUAAGAGAUAUAAGAAGGGCCCUAUUUGCGAAAGAUUGGAACCCGUAUGGAAGAACAUCCCAAGUAACAAUUUGGUUAGGAGAUCUAAACUAUAGACUUGAAGGGAUCAACACUUUCCCAGCAAGAAGCCUAAUUCAUAGUGAUCUUCAUCAAAUGUUGACUGAAAAUGAUCAGCUAUUACAAGAGGCAGAAAGAGGAGAAAUCUUUAAUGGGUAUUUUGAGGGAACUUUGGCAUUUAAACCAACUUAUAAAUUUGAUAUUGGGAGCAGCACAUAUGACACCAGUCAUAAAGUAAGGGUGCCAUCGUGGACCGAUCGGAUAUUGUUCAAGAUCGAAGACAACAACAAAAUUGUGGCUAGUUUACACUCUUAUGACUCUAUUGAUACAGUUCGUAGCUCUGACCAUAAACCCGUCAAAGCUCAUCUAUGUUUAAAAGAGAGAAAAUAAGCUCGAUGGUGGAAACUUGACACAUUUUUUUUUGUUACAUAUAUAAUUAAUGUUGAAUGAAAUUUUGUGUUAGCUAACAAUUAAUUUUUCUUCUAAAAAACAGUUAAAUUGAAGUAAUGUAA